CGAGAGCCAUCCUGCUGCCGUUCUGCCGUUGUUGCAGUUUCGUGAAGUCUGUCGGGUUGUUCUUCUUUUCAAGACUGAGCCGUCUCCAGCCAGACAAAAGCCCAUAGAACUUUUUAGCGUGGUCCGUCUUGAAGCUCUUGCUGUCGCCCCUGGGCUUUGGCCGACAUACCAAGCACAAAAUUUGAAUGCUUUCGCGUCAGAAAAGGCACUACAGACAUGGCAUCCGAGCCUCCGGAUGAUGUGCUUCACUUUCGUGGCAAGACAUUGACCCCGGAGAGCCCACGCCCUCUUCACUUUCCUGAGCCAUCCAACAUCCCGGUACUCGAGAAUCAGAUGGACCCAAUCUUCAACGACACAUCGACAUACGAAAAUGUACCGAGAACAACGCAGGCCGUAUCUGAUUUGGCAAAGGUCGGCGACACCGCUCAUUUGAUGGAACAAUAUGCCCGCAUCUAUUCGUUAUUGGGCGAGAGGAAUGACAAGGUGGCGGAUGCCAGCGAUCCAGACAAAGGCACAGGUAGCUUUCCUGCUUCUGACCAAGCAGAGCCCCAAGGGGCAAAGAAUGAAUUCAGUAUUGCAGCUCUUCAAAGUCUUCUUCCAGCCAGCCAAAUCUCAUCUACAGUGACCGCUACCUCUGCCCAAGACACUUCCGCAAGUGCCCCCUCAUCCGCGAAUCGUCCUCUGAACCAUGCGGACCCCUUCGAGUCAUCCCCAAGGGAACCCCGCCCACCUUCCACUUCAACUGGGCCUAGUGACUUAACGCAUUCUGGCCUUUCGAGGGAGGAUCAAAGCCGGCCAAAUAGUGAUCAAGCCAUACUUAAUGAUUCUGAAAAUGGGAUCAAUUAUCAAACUCUUCUCGAUAACCUUUGCGAGCCAAAUUCCACUGGCACGCAUACCAGUGAUGCCGUUGCCACCAUAAAAAGCCCUACUGCUGAUCCAAACCCCCGUUUAUCAAACACGGAGUCUUCAUUAUCUUCUGCUUCUAACCUGCCACCACGUCCGCCUCCACAAGCAAAGCCUGAAAUUCACCCUAAUUCCUCGCCCACUGAUGAUAUCCGCUCUUUUCACGAUCUGCCAGCGUUAAAUGGAGUCUCCCAACCUUCCCAAAGUAAUCUUCAUGAAUCGACGUCUUUACAGUCGAAUGGUUCUGAUACCUCUGCCUUGCCAUCCGCUCACACCGGAUUGCCUUCCCUACUUGCAUUGUUCCAUCAGCCCAACUCUCCUAGUUUUCAAAGCACCAAGGAAGCUGACGGGGCUGCAUCUCAUGCUCCUCGAAGUGGAGUCCCAGAACCUCACACCUCAAAGACACGGGAGGACCGUGAUGAUGAGGCGCCGUGGGGUCCAGAGACACAAAAGAAGUAUGAUGAAUUCCUUCAUGACGAACGAGUAUACGUUACAGAAGGUGUCUGGGAUCGUUUUGCUCCCGGCUCAAGAUUGUUUGUUGGUAACCUUCCCAGUGAACGGGUAACCAAGCGAGAUCUCUUCCACCUGUUUCAUAAAUAUGGAAAACUUGCUCAGAUAUCGAUAAAGCCGGCGUAUGGCUUUGUCCAGUUUAUGGAUGCAACAUCCUGCCGUAACGCACUGGAAGCAGAGCAAGGCGGUGUUAUAAGGGGCCGGAAAAUUCAUUUGGAAAUCUCCAAACCUCAACGGAGCUCCAGGAACGCCCCUGAGCCAUCCAAGCCAAGCGGGCUUAGGAGAUCAAGGUCACCCGAUUAUUCUAGGAACCGAGACGUUGGACGAGGUGGCCGGUUGGGAAGUGAACGAUAUGAUCGAGUGGCAGGCGACAGAAAAUCGUCUGUGAACGAGGGUAGGGACUACGGAGACCAUCGCCACCGCGAUAAUUACAGACCGACAAGGUCGCCGGUGCGGGGCUCUCGCCGAGAGGGGUACCGCUCUCGGGAUCGGAGUGUCGAAAGAUACGAUCACCGGAGUCGUCGACGCUCGAGGUCCCCAUAUGGGCCAGGGGCCCGCUACCGCAGCCCUACUCCCAGAGGUCCAAGCUAUGACAGCGACUCAGAACUUCCAAUCCCGAGAAGGGCGCCACGUCAUGUACCGGAUGUCCAAAUAAUUGUUUUGGAAAACGUGGACAAUGAAUUUGUGUAUCGAAUAGAGACAGCAUUUAGGGACCGUGGCUUGCGAACAGACGUCCUAAUUCUUAGCCCUCGCAUAAGUCUUCCCGCAGUAAUCCGGCGUCAGAUACUAGAAGGCGUACUAGUCAUAGUGAAGCUAUCGAAGACCAACCAAUAUUCAGGCAGAAUACCAUUGCAAGUAUUCGACCGUGGUGGCGGUGCUGAUAAUGUUCGCUUUAAUGAAUAUGCCGGGCUUGAACCGAAAGUUGCGGCGGAGGUCGCCAUUCACGCACGCAAUAUCCCCAUUGGUACAUCAAAUCAGGGUGCCAUGCAACAGGGCUUAGGUACCCAGGCAGCCGGCCCACCACAUCGCUCCCUUGGUCCUCAGUCCAAUGUCGCAAACCUCAUAUCAAGUCUUGACGCUCCGGCUCUCCAAUCCCUUCUUAGCGCACUACAACAAAAGCCUACCGCCUCGUCGCAGCAACAAUAUCCGCCGUCUACUCUGCCGGCAGCCAAUGUCGCUAACCUUCUGAGCAAUAUCACUCGCAACAACAACUCGGGGCCAUCUGUACUUCCUCCAAGCCAGCAUCCAGCCCCUGUUCAGUCCUUUGGGCAACCCCCAGCCCACACUCCUCUCGAGGCGGAAACAAACUUGGCCGCUCUGCUCGCAAAGGGACAGCUACCUUCGGGCCCAUCUCAGACCCAAUACAUCAAUGAGCAACUGGCGAAGUGGAAACGAUGACGCUUUGAAAACUGUUUUUUAACCAUUUGCUAUUCACACACAUGAUUACUCAUUUAGCGAUACUCAACCAAGCUUCUGGAGUCUCUUUUUUUCUGCAUCUGAAUUUUUAUUAAACCCCGAUCAGUGGGGCCGGACACUGAACAAUAGGAAUAACUUUGUUGGACUUAGUUCUAUCUGAAGGACAAUAAUAUACAAAAUAAGUGGUGGGUCUGAAAGGUAUGACAAGUGGUGGACCCAUGCUACAUAUCCUUGAGGAAAGGCGAUUCCAUGCCUGCCCACAUCCAGGUGUCGAGGUGGAGAGAAGAGCUGUUCUGAUAAACCU